AUUCUGAGAGAGAGAGAGAGAGAGAGGGAAUUUUCUUUCUUUAAUCUGUGUCUGGAUUUGAGCUUUUGAUUUCUGCUCUCAAAGGCUUCCAAAAUAGUGUUGUUCACUCAAAGAAAAAACUGUCUCAAUUCUCAGCCGUCCAACCAGCAGAGCAGACUUCAGCUUUCCCCUUUCCCCUUAUUCUCUCCCAUUUUUUUCCCAUCACCAUCCUCCUCAGCAGAUUCUCCCUCCAUUCACUUUCUUGAUUUCUUUCUCCCAAGCCAAGAAUCUCUUCUCUAUCAGAGAUUCCCUUCUUUUUCUCUCCCCUUUCUUUCUCUCAAAACUUAGCUUUAUCAAUGAUGCCUCCCAUUGUUCUCCUCUUCUUCUUCUUCUUCUUCUUCUCUCUCUUUCUCUCUCCUGUUGCAUUCUCCUCAUCAUCUCUCUUAGUCCUUUUCAUCGUUUCAGACCCUCCUUUUCGUCUCCUCGAGAACCCGGAAAACUUCCUUAUAUACAUACGGUUGCAUCCCCCUUGGUCCCAUGUCGUCUUCGAACGUCAACCAUCUUUCCCAGCCUUGUAUUUAUGGGCAUGUUGUUUCUUCAUACGCAGAGAGAAAGUCGCGAUUUAUGAAAUGGCUAAGUAAGCUUUUCAAGAGUGGGCCUAGUAGCAGGGCAGUUUCAACAGGCGAACAGCAACCUCAGUUUCUUGGAGACGAAAACAUGGCGUGGCGUGCACCAUACAGAUCCUUGGAUGACCGCACUCGAAACAAUAAAGAAAAAGAGGAGUUAGAUCGUGCAAUUGCACUCUCCCUGGCUGAAGAUUUAAAGAGACCGAAUGGAUACAGAUGGCGAUCGGACAAUGAUGAAGAUCUAGCAAGGUCACUUCAUGAUAGUUUCAACUCAGCACCAUACCCUUCAUAUGUACCCAGAGAUUAUUAUCAUCCCAGGGGAUAUAGUAGAACAUGUGCCGGUUGCAAGCGUGAGAUUGGGUAUGGGAAUUAUCUGGGAUGCAUGGGGACUUUCUACCAUCCAGAAUGCUUUCGAUGUCGUGCAUGUGGUUACCCCAUCACUGAACACGAGUUCUCUUUAUCAGGGAGAGAUACAUACCACAAAUCCUGUUUUAAGGAGCUCACUCAUCCCAAAUGUGAAGUCUGUCAUCAAUUUAUCCCGACUAAUGGAGUUGGUUUGAUCGAGUACAGAUGCCACCCUUUUUGGUCACAGAAGUAUUGUCCUGCCCACGAGCAUGACAACACGGCUAGGUGCUGCAGUUGUGAACGUUUGGAGUCCCGGAAUACUACAUAUAUUUCCCUGGGGGAUGGACGAAGUUUAUGCUUAGAGUGUAUGGAAUCUGCAAUCAUGGAUACUGGUGACUGUCAACCAUUAUACCAUGCAAUCAGAGACUACUAUGAAGGAAUGAAUAUGAGAAUCGACCAACAAAUCCCAAUGCUUCUUGUCGAAAGACAAGCUCUUAAUGAGGCUAUUGAAGGGGAGAAACAUGGUUUCCAUCACAUGCCUGAAACAAGAGGUUUGUGCCUCUCCGAAGAGCAGACUGUUACUAGUAUACUGAAGAGGCCUAGAAUGGAGCGUCGGGGACUAGUAGGAAUCAGAACACAACCCCAGAAGCUAAUCCGGAGGUGUGAAGUUACAGCCAUUCUGGUACUCUAUGGCCUCCCAAGGUUACUGACUGGAGCGAUACUUGCACAUGAGUUGAUGCACGGAUGGCUACGUCUUAAUGACUACCGAAAUCUGAGGCCGGAAGUAGAGGAAGGCAUCUGCCAAGUACUCUCUUACAUGUGGCUUGAAUCAGAGGUAAUACCAGGAACGAGAAGCAUGCCGUCUACUUCCACAGCUUCAUCGUCAUCAACAUGGUCCUACGGCUCCACAUCAACAGCUUCAUCAUCAUCUUCUUGGUCGGCAUCCAAGAAAGGUGGGAGAUCGAGUGUCGAGAACAAGCUGGGGGAGUUUUUCAUGCAUCAGAUCGCUCAUGAUGCUUCCCCGGCUUAUGGAGGAGGUUACAGAGCUGCAAUGGCAGCUGUGAAUAAGUACGGUUUACGUCGUACAUUGGAUCACAUCAGGUACACUGGAACUUUUCCCGAGUAAUUCAACAGCGGCCCGCCUGUGACGUCAGUGUUUGUGGAUUUUAGCAAAAUCUGUUGUUGUCAAGACUCAGCCCACCUACACUUCCUGCAUGUUGAACACCAUCAGGAUUGACAUUACAUGCAAAAAGAGUGGAAUUGGACUGAUGAUGAUGACCCCCAGCCCUCCAUAGUUCUUGGGGCUCUGCUGAGGAUACAUACCGAGAAAUUUACCUAGUUUUAGAAUAACAAGCA